UAGAGACAACAAUGCCGGACCUCGCCAACCUCUCUAUUUCCGAUUCUCACGCCGUCGCUCACUGCCCUAACCUCAAAUCCCUCCCGCCCACAGACCCGCCGGAACAUAGCUGCGGGUGGGGCCGGAGGCCGGUGAGGUUCGCGACUCUGAACAACUGCAAUGGCGCCGGAAGUUCCGACGGCAAGAGUUUGGCGGAGCAUGUUAGGGACUGGGUCGGCCGCAGAUUGGAAUUAGGGAUUCCCGAGACGCGCAGCUCAUUGCCUUUCCUUUAUGGUGCAAAGAAAUUGGCUGAGUGCUCGAUAUGCCAUCAUUUUGUCUACCCUGGCGACGAGAUCUUAUGCUCGGUUCGUGGCUGUCGAGGACCUUAUCACAGGGGAUGUGUGAAGGAAAGGUUUGGGAUCUCUAUUACGAAGAAGUUCACGUGUCCACAACAUGUAUGCUUCAUUUGCAAACAGAGGUUACAUUGGCGCUGUGUACGUUGUGUUAUAGCAUCCCAUGAUAAAUGUGCAGCGUGGCCGGAUAAAGUGAUACAUUUAGUGGACCAGCCAGGGAGAGCUGUUUGUUGGAGGCAUCCAACAGAUUGGCGGGAGGAUAGGAAGCAUGCAGUUUCAGCAAACAAUAUAGAGGAGAUAUUCUCUCGGUUGCCUCUUCCUUACACUCGAGAGGAGUUCAAGAUUGACCUAACGUGGAAACACACGGAGGACAAUAUAGAGCCUCCUCCAUAUAUACACAUCAGGCGUAAUCUCUACCUAGUCAAGAAGAAGCGCGAUGAUGUUGAUGACGAUGUUGGAUGCAGAUGUAGUACUGUUUGCUCUCUGGAUUGUGUUUGUAGGGUUCAAUGUAUAAGCUGUUCAAAGGCUUGCCAUUGUUCUGAAAAUUGCACUAACCGUCCAUUUCUGAAGGAGAAGAAGAUCCGAAUUGUCAAGACUGCACACUGUGGCUGGGGAGCAGUGGCGGCUGAAUUUAUUAAGAAAGGCGAUUUCAUAAUUGAAUAUGUUGGGGAAGUUAUAAAUGAUGCUUUGUGCGAACAAAGGCUCUGGGACAUGAAAUACAAAGAAGUGAAUAAUUUCUAUAUGUGUGAAAUUCGAAAAGACUUCACAAUUGACGCUACUUUUAAAGGAAAUCCAUCACGAUUUUUAAAUCACAGCUGUGAUCCGAACUGUGUCCUUGAGAAGUGGGAAGUUGAGGGGGAAACACGUGUUGGUGUGUUUGCUGCAAGAUCAAUAGAACUUGGAGAGCCUUUAACAUAUGAUUAUAGAUUUGUGCAAUUUGGACCCGAGGUGAAGUGCUGUUGCGGCGCAUCAAAUUGUCAAGGUUACCUUGGCUCCAAGAAAAAGAUUUGUAAGGUGGAUUUUUUCUGGGGGAAAAAACGCAAGAGAACACCAACUGCUUGCAUAGCUAUCCUUAGGUAAUCUCUGUCAACAAUUUUUGUACGUGCAGUGUUCUAGAUUGCCCAUAUCAAGAAAUGUGGGCACAUAUUAAAAGAAAAUGGAACUCAGAAGACAAGAGAGGCAAAAACUACAUAAUCACAUCAGGAAUUUUUGUUUGGACACACUCGAGUUUCCACUCAUCAAAGAGGAACAUCUACUUGUAUAAGCCUCCGCAGAACUUCCUUCUGUUGGCCAUAUAAUACUGAAAGCAAGUGUAGAUGAUUUGCCAUAUAACACUGAAAGAUAUUGUGAUUGGUUUGCUCAUGUUCAGAUAGGCAGUCACAUUUACCAAAGUAAGAAAAUGUACGUAUUUUUGUUAGAUAGCACUCAUUUUUUUACUAUCCUGUGAAGACUGGAGCCAUAACAAAUGGGUGAAGGUGAAAUUUGGAUUGUACCAAUGUGGUUGUCAAACCCAUGUUAGAUGUA